CCCGUGUCUAGUUCUUCUCCUCCUCCUCCUCUCACACUCUCAAGACCCAGGAACUCUGUGGCCGCGAGUCCUGAAUCUUCCUUCUACAGUCACUUUCCAGAUCUCAUAAAGUCUAGGGAUCCAUGAGCAAGGUGUAACCAGACAACCUGCUUUCAGCCUCUUUAGAAGAUGUUUUCAAAGCAACAUGUAAAGCUGCUGUUAAUCGGGAAUGCAGGUGUGGGGAAAUCGGCAUUAAUGAACCAGUAUGUCAAUAACCGCUUCACAAACUUCUACAGAGCAACGAUAGGAGCCGACUUCUUCACUAAAGAACUGCGAGUAGAUGAGCAGCAGGUCAUAGUACAGAUCUGGGAUACAGCAGGCACAGAGCGCUUCCAGUCUUUGGGUGCUGCACUUUACCGGGGUACAGACUGCUGCCUGCUGGUUUUUGAUGUUACAUCUCCAAACUCUUUCAAUGCCCUUGAUACCUGGCAUAAGGAAUUCCUGGUACAAGCUGACCCUGAGUCUCCCGAAAAAUUCCCUUUUGUGGUCAUUGCAAACAAGGCAGACCUAGAGGAACGUCAGGUCACCCCACGCCAGGCACAGGAAUGGUGUAAAGCAUGUACAGCAGAGUACUAUGAAACGAGUGCCAAAGAAGCAGUGAAUGUAAAUGAGGCGUUCCUAGGAGCAAUCAGACUUGCCUUAAAACAUCAUAAAUUAUCAGGACAGCCUGCAGCAAACGAAUCGGUGAAUCUAUUAGAAAAAAAGGCCAAACACAAAAAGAAGUGUGACUGUUAAUUUCCUAUGUACCCCCGCUGGAUACCAGGACUGGAUUUGGUCUUCUGCAUAAAGUGCUUGGGCAUCCCAGAGCACACAAGUGGACAGACGACAACUCUUGAUGACACAAUAGAAAAACUUUUCGAUGUAGGCACAUUUGCAAGCGAUGAGGUACAGAAUGCUCUGCCUUCUAGUGGACAAAGACUUAUUUCUUGAUGUCUGAAUUCACACAUCAUAUUAAUUUAAUAUUUUACAAAUUGUUUUAUUAAACUUUCCCACCACCAUUGGGAACAAAAUUUCAUAUUGCUCUCUGAUGACCCUUCAGGGGAAAAAAAACACAAAAAUGUAAGUGAAUUAAAAUUUUACAAAAACUU